AAAAGAGAGAGAGAGAGAGAGAGGAGAGAACCUCAUCCUGGCCAGUCAUUGUAAAAACCUAAUGGCGAGGUUAACAAGAGGGUAUUUUUAGCCAGCGCGUCAAAAUAUACAGGGUAAGAGUGAAUGUGGGGGGAAAAAAGUUGUGGGUUGUAGAAGUUAUCAAGUGGGAUUUGCGGCGCUCUCUGCAGGAAACGAGAGCGGCUCCAGUUCAAAGCCACAUGCACCAACGUGACAUAUAAGCCAUUAAAAUAUCAUCCUGACGGCUCAUUUCUGCUCCAUCAUACAUUCCCUAACUGCUUCCAGAAAGCCCGAAAAGAAGAAAUGAAGGAUGACCGCCUCGCUGGAACCACAAAAGACGUGGUUAGCGGGGUUCUUUUUCCCCAUCGUCCACCUCGUAGUGAUGUACAGAAAUGAGGGAUUCUCUUCAACAGGUGGAGUGGGGGUCAAAGUCAGAAAAUGAGAUACAAGACUUCCUUGGUAAUGAGGAAAAGAUUACGACUUUACAGAAACGCCCUCAAAGAAUCAAGUAGCUAUUCUGGACACCAUGGCCACCACCACCCCGAAGCUGGGCACCACUCUAUUUUCUCUGGACUCCAUGAGCCGCCUCCCCAGGCCUCCCCAGGUGGCCAUCUGAACGGACAGAUAAGACUGGGGCUACCUGGAGACAUGUACGCCAGGUCCGAGCAUUUCACUCAAGUGCCCGCCUCCAGGACAGAUCCUUUCGCUGCAGCUUCUCUGCAUAACUACGGGGGCAUGAACCUGAACGUGAACCUAGCUCCCCACCACGGCCCCGGAGCCUUCUUUCGCUACAUGCGGCAACCCAUCAAGCAGGAACUCAUCUGUAAGUGGAUCGAGGUGGAGCAAGCGCCCAAAAGACUUUGCAACAAAACUUUCAGCACCAUGCACGAGUUGGUAACUCAUGUCACGGUGGAGCACGUUGGCGGCCCGGAGCAGUCCAAUCACAUCUGCUUCUGGGAAGAGUGUCCGAGAGAGGGGAAACCUUUCAAAGCCAAAUACAAACUUGUAAAUCACAUCCGAGUCCACACGGGGGAAAAGCCCUUCCCCUGUCCUUUCCCGGGGUGUGGGAAAGUGUUUGCUAGAUCAGAAAAUCUCAAAAUACACAAAAGAACUCACACAGGAGAAAAACCAUUCAAAUGUGAAUUUGAAGGCUGUGACAGACGAUUCGCGAAUAGCAGCGACAGGAAGAAACACUCUCACGUGCACACCAGCGACAAGCCCUACAACUGCAAAGUGAGAGGCUGUGAUAAAUCCUACACGCACCCCAGCUCCUUGAGGAAACAUAUGAAAGUGCAUUGCAAGUCUCCUCCUCCGAGCUCGGGUUACGAAUCUUCCACCCCUUCCCUGGUGUCGCCCUCCUCGGACUCCGGGCGGGACCCCCCCGGCUCGGCUGCAGCCCCCGCGGAGCCGGGCGCCUCGUCGCGGGCGGCGAACCUGAGCGAAUGGUACGUGUGUCAGAGCUCCGGGCCCAACGCGCUCCCGGCUCCUCCCAGUCCGGCUCGGUCACCUGACUCGGGAGAGGCGGCAGCGGCUGCGGCGGCAGAGGCGGCGGCAGAGGCGGCGGAGGCGGCGGCGGCAGCGGCGGCGGGAACAGCGGCCACGGCGGCGGCGGCGGCGGCCACAGCAGCGGGGGCAGCGGCGGCUGCUGCUCACACGAACUGCGAUGCUAGGCCCUGUUACUAAAAAGGGAGAGGGAGUGAUAAAAAAGGAAGGAAGGAGGGAAGGAAGGAAGGAAGGAAGGAAGGAAGGAAGGAAGGAAGGAAGGAAGGAAGGAAGGAAGGAAGGAAGGAAGGAAGGAAGGAAGGAAGGAAGGA